AUGUUGAAGAGAUACUUUUCAUCUGGCCGUGUCGUCUGCUUACUGGCAAACUCCAGAAAAGCAGAUAGAAUAGGUGCUCAGCUUAUGAGCGAUCUCAAGCAAGUCAGCGGAAAUUCAAUAAAGUUCAUUGGAUCAGGCGGAGAAGGCAUGAUUAAAGAAGGCAUCACCCCAUUAUACAAUACUGACAUGUUCCACCCAAAGCCAAUGGUCCCAUUCAGGACAGCAUGGAUUGAAGAAAACAACUGGUGGGUCUGGAGCAAGCGAAACCCAAUGACUAAAUCAUAUACCAAGCCAAUGAGCGAAGUUCUCGCUUACAUUUCAAAAAACCAGAUUAUUGAUAAAAUUGCAGGAUUCAGACCAAGCGUUGUGCUUACUUUAGACCACGACCAGCUCAGCUUUAGGAUCCAUAGGCAGAUUGCUCAGUUGUAUGGAAAAACUAACCUUUCGAGGCCUAAGCAGGUCCAUUAUGGGAAUUUCGUCAAUAAAUAUCAGCCUUAUCAGUUAAGCUAUUUAGACCAUGUUCUAUAUACAAUGCCCCUCGAGCCUAUAAACUGGAAUAAAUUCAAAAUGCCAAGCACUUAUAUCGGACAGUCUGCAUUCGAGGAAACAUGUAGAUUCUUAUUAAGCAGAAAUGGAGGCGACCACUUGUUGACAGAAAACUCAAUUUUUAUGAAUAAAGACCACUUUUACUCAGAAAUGGAUCAAUACAUCGAAGCUGAAAGAAACACUUUUAGAGAAAAAUUCGGAAUUGCUAAAGAUGCAACUGUGCUAUUUUUAGCGCCUGGGAGCUUAGAAAGUGAGAUAGCGUGGAGCUUGCCAAUACUAAAUAAGACUGCUAAUGCUUUUAUAGAUGAAUAUGCAGCACCUUUUUCAAAGAGAUCAGAUGCAAUUCCAGUUGAAAAAUUCGUAGUAGUUAUUCCAACAACAGAAAAAACAAAAGCUUAUGUAGCUUCCCAUAUAAACUUUCUACUGUUUUGAGUAUUUUAAUAAAUAAGAUAGUAUUGAAAGAUAUUAUUAUAAAUUAUGCUGAUAUAAUAUAAAAAUAGAAUGAAUUAAUCUCUAUAGCAGGAAAGUAAGUGAAAGAGUCAAUAUCCAAGGCUGGAAAUGCCGUGUUCAGAUAGUUGACACUUGUGAGAACAGAAAAUCCGCUAUGGCUGGCAGUGAUCUCGCAAUCUGCUAUAACGGCGACAUUGUAACUGAAUGCUUUGUCAACCAACUUUCUACAAUAGUCAUCCAAAACAUGAAGAAAAUGGAAUUUUACUGUCUCCUGGCCUGGAAUAGAUUUACCAAUGACAUGAACAUUAUUGGGGACGGUAAUUUAUUCCCAGAAAUCAUUGAAGGACAAUGCCACCCACCUAAGCUUAUGCAGAUUCUCACUCAGUGGCAUGAAUCUCCACCACAUAAAUUCUGGCCACUUCAGCAAAUGGAGAUGUACCUGAAUAAAAUGCUGCCUAUAAAGAAAAUGGAUAUGGGAAUGGGAACGCACCAUGAAUACUUCUCACCAAGACUUUUAGCUGCGAAAACUGUUUAUGAGUUUGCACAACUGAACCCUGCAAGAGAAUUCCCAGAGAAUGAAAAUGUUUUUAUAAAAAAUCUCGUAGGCAAUCAGUAG